GCGCGGGCUCUCUCGCUGUUCCGCAGGAGGACUGACGGCAGGCAUAGAAGAUGGCGGAGGCCUCGGCGGCGGCCGCCGUGCCUCAACACCGCUUCUUCUGCCACAGCUGCAAAGGGGAGAUCAGCCCGAAGCUGCCGGAAUACACUUGCCCGAGAUGUGAAUCCGGCUUUAUCGAAGAAGUCACGGAUGAUUCCAGUUUCCUGGAUGGCAGCAGCGCAGACGACAGCCAGUCCACGCAGUUCACGGAGCUUUGGGACCAUUUGGACCACACAAUGUUCUUUCCCGACUUCCGACCCUUCCUGAGUAGCAACUCACUGGAUCAAGACAGCAGGGACAACGAGAGGGGCCACCAAGCCCACGCUGACCUCUGGGGACCCAGCCGACCCCCGCGAUUGCCCAUGACCCGGCGGUACAGAUCCCGGGGCAGCUCGCGCCCCGACAGGUCUCCCGCUAUCGAAGGGAUCAUCCAGCAGAUCUUUGCGGAGUUUUUUACAAACUCGGAGAUUCCUGGCUCCCUGCACCCUUUUUCCUGGAGCGGGAUGCUGCACUCGAAUCCCGGGGACUACGCUUGGGGACAGAGUGGCCUGGAUGCCAUUGUCACCCAGCUCUUGGGGCAGUUGGAGAACACGGGACCCCCUCCAGCCGACAAGGAGAAGAUCUCCUCGCUCCCGACAGUGACAGUAACUCAGGAACAAGUCGAUACGGGUUUGGAGUGUCCCGUGUGCAAAGAGGAAUACACAGUCGCCGAGCAGGUCCGGCAAUUACCGUGCAACCACUUCUUCCACAGCAACUGCAUCGUGCCCUGGUUGGAGCUGCACGACACGUGUCCCGUCUGCAGGAAGAGCUUAAAAGGGGAAGAUUCCACUCGGCAAACGCCAAACCCAGAGCCAGCGGCGAGUAACAGCUUCGGCAGCGACAGCCACUUACACGACCGAUGGACUUUCUGACAGCCGUCGGCUCCGGCCGGCGUCGCUGCUGCUGUACGUGAUGUUCUAGUCGGAACGGGAGCAAGGAGUAGCAGGGAAUGUGGGGCAGGGGAGGGGGAAUCACUGCACCGAGCGCUGUCUUCUUCCUGAAACUAAACCGGCAUCUCCGAGCGAAUCGUGUCUCCGUCGGAAUCGCCUCUUUAGUUCUAAAUUGGGAAUGAUUUUUAGACUCGUGGGACUCCCGACGUGGCCGCUUCGUGGGGGACGGAAGCGCCCGGGGAGGUUCGGGAGAACCCACCUGUGUCCCCAGGGCUCCGUGGGGCCUCAUUCCCGGUGGGAAAUGAGGGGAUGGAAAGGAGAAGAGCUUUAACUUCUCCCCUCUGACCCCUUUCCCUGCCCCGUGAUCCAGGUUUGUGGGAUCAAAUCCAGGAGGAUUUUUUCCAACCCCUUUCUUCCCUUCAAUCCCAGUGAGGGCGGCUUUGAGAUAGCAGAGACAGAGGUGAUGAUGGAGGCGUUCGGGGGCUCCGGAGCUCUUCCCGAGGGGCGGAGGAGCCCCGCGCCGGGAGCAGGAGUGCACCGAGCGGGAUUUUCUGUCCUUGGCAUGGACUCUUCGGUGGGUUUUUCCCCUCCGGGUGCCGGCGUCCCCACACCCAUCCCUUCCCCGCGCGUCGUUUAGGCCCCGUAGCUGCCUCGUACCACGUGGACCACAUUAAAGGAAUCCCUUAGGAAAACAGCCCGAACUCCGUAGCCAUUUUAACGGCCCAUCCUUCCAUUUAACCCUCCCUUUAGUCCGAUAACGUUAAGAAAAAUCUAUUUUUGCGGAUUAUUGUUUGGUUUAUGGUUUUUUUGGGGGUUUUUUUCCGUAAUGUUUCACCCAUCUCCAACUUUGGGUUUAUUGUCCAAGGAGCGGAGGAGUUUUUUCCCACAAAACCAUCCCGUUGGGAAUGCCGAAGCCCCAACGUAUCGCCGCUUCCUCGCUGUCCGCAGUGUACUACGUACACUCGAUUUCUGUGCGUGUUUGGUUUGCUAUUUCGUCA